AUGUCAUCUACUGAAGCCAUUGCGUCUUUCACGGCCUCGCAGCCUUCUUCUCUGCCUCCUUCUUUGCAGGCCCCUGUGACGAACAAGGAAGAGCAUGGCUCAACAGAGGCAAUCCAUCGCACCCUGAGCCUUACGCAGCCGCCGCGAGAUGUCCAUGGCGUUGCCUGGGUGCUUGUUGUGCUGUCGGUGUUUUCGUGCGUCUUCCUCUUCGCCCUGGACAACACCAUAGUGGCCGAUGUCCAGCCGGCAAUCAUCAAUGAAUUCGGCGACCUCACGAUGCUUCCAUGGCUGUCCGUGGCCUUUUUACUUGGAGCUGCCAGUACGCUUCUUGUCUGGAGCAAGGGAUACGGCCAAUUCAACUGCAAGUGGCUCUACAUUAUCACCACCGCCAUCUUCGAGGUCGGCUCAGCAGUCUGCGGUGCUGCUCCCAAUAUGAGCAGUCUCAUCAUCGGCCGUGCCAUAUGUGGCCUCGGCGGCGCUGGCAUGUAUCUCGGCGUGAUGACGAUUCUGUCGAUGCUCACGUCGCCAUCGGAACGGUCCAUCUACAUGGGACUAACGGGAAUGGUCUGGGGGACUGGAACUGUACUUGGUCCUAUCAUCGGUGGAGCCUUCACCGACAGUCCAGCAACAUGGCGCUGGGCGUUCUAUAUCAACCUCUGCAUCGGCGGACUAUUCGCACCGGUAUUCUUCUUCAUGAUCCCCAGCAUCGACCCCCGACCUGGAGCUUCACUCAAGGAGCGCCUGGCCGAGAUCGACUGGCUCGGCCCUAUCAUCUUCAUCGGCGCCUACGUCUCCGGCAUCAUGGCAAUAUCCUUCGGCGGCGUUCUCUACGCCUGGGACGACAGGCGCAUCAUCGGCAUGUUCGUCUGCUCCGGCGUGCUGUUCACUCUAUUCUUCCUCCAGCAGGGCUUCACCGUCUUCACCACCUACACGGCCCGGAUCUUCCCCAUGCAGUACCUCAAAAGCAAAGAGAUGGUCCUCCUUUUCAUCGAGACCGCCGCUGCCGGAACAUCCUGCUUCGUGCCUAUCUACUUCAUCCCGCUCUUCUUCCAGUUCGUGCGCGGCGACAGCGCGCUGGAUGCUGGAGUCCGUCUGCUCCCGUUUAUCGUCCCGCUGGUGGUGUUUAACCUCGUCAAUGGCGUCGCAAUGUCCGCAAUGGGCUACUAUAUGCCCUGGUACCUCCUCGGCGGGGUCCUGGUCAUUGUCGGCGGAGUCCUCCUGCGAAUCACGGAACUCUCAACAAGCCAGGCCCAGAUCUACGGAGCACUUGUAGUUGGCGGGAUAGGCACAGGUGUCUUCUCUCAAGCCGGAUUCGCCGUCGCGCAGUCUCUCGUUCCUGGUAAUGAGAUCCCCAUGGCUGUGGGGUUUAUCACCUGCGCACAAGUCGGCGGGUCAGCGAUUGCCCUUUCAAUUGCGAAUACGUUAUUCCUGAACCGUGCAACCACGCAGGCGAGUGCGCUGCUCCCGGAUGUGAGCGCGGAUGGUAUCCAGGCCUUGAUAUCUGGCGCGAAUCAUGCGCUUCUGGAUUCCUUGGAUGAGGCGCUGAGGUCGGAUGUGCUUAGUGCGAUUGUAGGGGCCAUUACGGAUGCGUUUGUGUUGGAUCUGACUGCAGGGUGUGUUGCUGUUGUUCUGGCGGUGUUUCUGAGGAGGACCAAGAUCAGCUUCAAUUCUGCUGCGAUUGGGGGGAUGUAA